GAUCAGGCUCAUCUGCUAAUCCGAUCCCUGCCACAAUGUUCAAGCUCAGUGGAACGCGCUCCAGCAUAAUGCGAGGCGUAGCUGUGGUGGCACACCAGUUUGUUUGACGAUGUUAUGCCUCCGGAGUCCAGACUACGCAGAGCCAGGCGGUGAAGGUCAUUCAGCUAUAUAUCAGUUUUGGUUAGAAACAGAUUCUUGGGGCCCUACUAUUAUUGCCUUUCCACAUUUUGUGAACAUCAAUUGAUGGAGUCCUCAGCAAAUGUGGCCAAUAGGAAGCACCACUUGCUGCCUUAUUUCAGCGCCACCACCGUAGGCAGCAUGCAUAUUUUGCCAGAAUGAUUGUGCGCACACUGAUUCCUUGAAAACGUUGCAGCAGCUCACUGGGCCCUUUCUGCACGACUCAUGUGUCUGCACCUGCUGCAGAAAAGUCGUCCACUGGUCGAUCUAUUUCUCACACAUCAUUCUCUGUGGAGAACACAGCAAAUGGCCAGGAUCACUACGUUGCCGGACAUCCCUGAGUCAUUGAAGCGCUCCUGGCAUCCUGCGCAACCAGCUAGGUGUGAGAGUGGUUCAACAGCAUUCUCAACCAUCAGCACAGCCGCAGCGAAUGUGAACAGAGUGUUCAUGUCAGUCAGCAAGACGUCUGUUUUAAAAGGCCAUGGCCUUGGGCGUGGUUCCAUACAGUUGCCUUGCUUCCCAGUUGAACCAAGUGGCUCUUUCUCGCUGCAUCAACCCAUGAGAGUUCUUGGGAGCAAGGGCAUGCGAAGCGCAGCGCCCUUGGACCACGUUCCUGACAUGCGGUCACGCAGAAACCAUGGGGCGCUGUUGGCAACCCCGGCGCCAGUCACUAAUGCCACUGCACUGCCUCAACAGAGUCCUUCAGUCCAAGAGACUGACGGAGAGUGUGGCACUCCCGAAGCUGGCCGAUUUGCUUGUGGAACUGCUGAACCAUCAACUCGACAUGAUUCUGACACAGAAAGUUCUUUCGACCGGGUGCCCGAGGGGUCUUCAGUAGAUACAACUAGCACGUCGGCAAGUGGUGAAUCACAAACUGGGGGGGGUAUAGAACCAAAGGCGAAGUUGCCCCCUGCGCGGCAGAGAAAGGCGGCAAGAAGAGCCCUUGAGAAAGCCGAGCUUGCGAGACGAGAGUCUGGAGGGGAGGCUUCAACGUCGGGCCAGGACGGAGUGGAGCCAACAGAAGAACCCCAGUGGAAAGCACGCCUGGAGGGAAGAGAAGCGACAUUGGAAGGAGGGGAGAGGGAGUACUUGGACCUAGGCAAGAGAGUGCGAUAUGUGGACGACAACACGGAGCUUAUUCAUGCCGAGGACUUCGACCUGGCGGUGGAUGUGCGCAGCCCUGGGGAAUAUGAAGAGGACCACGUCAUUGGGGCGAUCAACUGCCCUGUUCUGGACAACGAGGAGCGCGCAAUUGUGGGGACGAUCUACAAGCAGGAGAGUCCAUUCAAGGCGCGGCGCAUCGGCGCGGCCAUGGUGGCCAAGAACAUCGCGCGCAUCUUCCAGGAGCAGUUUGUGGACCUCGACAAGGAUGCGCGCGUACUCGUCUACUGCUGGAGGGGCGGGGAGCGGUCCGGUUUCUUCGCACACACCGUGUCACGCGUCGGGUGGCCCACGUUCAUGCUCAAGGGCGGCUACAAGACGUACCGCGCGCAGGUGCGCGCGUUCAUGGCGGGCCUGGGCACGUGGCCCGUCCACGUCAUCUCCGGCAAGACCGGCAGCGGCAAGGGCCUCAUGCUCGACGCGCUCCGGCGACACGGCGCACAGGUGCUCGACUUGGAGGCCGCGGCCAAUCACCGGGGGUCUAUCUUGGGCGACGCUCCUGGGGGCGAGGGCCAGCCCAGCCAGAAGCUGAUGGAGAGCCACAUCUUCCACCAGAUGCGCGGGUACACCCCUCGGCGGGUAACGUUCGUAGAGGGGGAGUCGAGCCUGCUGGGAAAGCUAAAAGUUCCGAAACCGUUGGUGAUGACAAUGCGGACAACGACCCACACGCAGGUGCACGUGCCGAUGGAGUGGCGCGUCAAGCACACCUCAGCGGGGUACACGCAUUUCUGGGACGACGCUGGCCGGCCACGGUUAAAAGGCAAGCUUGACCACCUCCGCCGACUGCGGGGGAACAAGACCGUCGAUCGUUGGUUUGCGCUGAUUGACUCGCACCCGCCCGGCUGGGAGGAGGAGUUCUGCGAGGACAUUCUGCAUGAACACUAUGACCCCGCGUAUUUGCAUAGCUUUGCUAGGGACAGGAUAGACGGCGAGACGGUAGAUGUCGAGGUGCCGGAUCUAGAAGAAGCCACGCUAGAUGCGUUUGCUAGGGAGUUGACGGAGAGGUACGAUUCCGCUGGAGCGACGAAGCUUGCAGGGGAUAGUGAGUAAUGCGCUAAAGAGGUGGUUGCGCCGUGCUGAAAGUCCCCUCCAGUUCCAGCGCUUAGUUUGGCAAAGGUGAAGAUGAGCAAUAGAGGUGUUUGGCGAUGAUGUGCACGCAUUAUUAGUUAAGGAACUUGUUGAAGCAGCUAGAUGGUUAAGCAGCACGUAAAGCUUCGAGAAUCUGCCCUUUUCGUUUGAUGAGAUCACUGAUCAAGACAUUUUGCGGACCAGGAAGAAACCUUAUUCCUGGGCUAAUGUUUCUUAGGCUUGGAUCUUAGCAUGAGCU